GAAAAAUAGUCAAAUAAAAACAAGUUAGUUUUUGUACCUGGUGGUUGCAAACAGACACUGUUCUGCCUUCCAGGCAUUUUAGUUCAUUGUGUAAAAGUUUUAUUUAUAUGCUUUUAUUUUGACAUGGAAAACACCCGUAGAACAGGAAGUGCUGUGUAUGCUUUUAUUUUUACAUGGAAAACACCCGUAGAACAGGAAGUGCUGUGUACGUGAGUGACCGUUUACUAGCAACGCACGCUGAUGCAGAGAGAUUGGUCAAAGAGGGAAAGACGUUCUAAAAAAUCAGAAAACCGGCAAACCUUUGCUUAACUCUUGAAGAAGCAACGCCUUUUUACUCUGUAUUCUAAGCGACAGCAAGUAUGUGUAAUAAAUUUGGAGACUACAGGAACACAUCUUUCGUCAUUGAGUCAGAGUUUAGCUCACUGUCUAGUUGAAACUACCACUACGUCUCAGCGAGGACAGUACAGUAAAAAGGCGCUGAGUAACCUAGAGUUCAACACCAAAGGUCCCAAGCACAAGGGAGAAACGAUGGAACAAGCAUCAGUACGUUCAAAGAUCACGAAACGCUCUCUCUCCUCUUCGUCCACCACCACAGUACAAGCGCGAGCCAAUGCAGAGGCGGCAAAGGCGAGGGCUGCAUUCGCAGAAAAGGAAGCAAAGCUAAAAAUCGAAAAGGCUACAAGAGAAGCAGAGCUACAAUUAGAGAAAUCAAGACUGGAUGCACAACUUGGGAUAUUGGAGUAUCAGAGAGAAGCAGCUGCAGCCGUUGCACAAGCGGAAGCGUUGGAGGCAGCUGAAGAAUUGGAGUUAGUAAAGUCAGAUUCGCAUGCACGUGAAAUCUUACAAAGGGGCAUUGUUACACGGACUCAGGAAUACGUCCAAGAACAAGCAGAGCUCAAAUCACAGCAAGGUCAGGCCGCCGCACAUCCUCCAACACCUGGUACAGAAUUACCAGAGGAGAGCCUUGUCACGUGGGAUGUUCCAUCACAAAAGAACUUAAAGGUACAUGAUGAAGACAGUAACAAGCAUGACGAACUGCAAAGCAAAACAUUAGUAGACAUUCAAGACGAAUACGUAAACAACGCUCAAACAACCAUUUACUAUGGACAAAACAGACUCCAACCAAAGGUAAAGCCAACUCAAUACUACCACAGCCCCUCACCAAACCCAAUAACAAAAACAUUCACCCCACAAGCAUUGGUAACUCCCACCAGUGUAACACCAGAAACAGAGCACUUGGCUCGAUACUUGGCUCGUCGUGACUUAGUGAGUACCAGCCUCUACCAGUUUGAUGACAAACCUGAAAGUUAUCGCGCAUGGCAGUCUUCAUUUUACAGUGCGACUUCAGAUAUAGGACUCACAGCAAAUGAAAUGUUAGAUUUACUGGUUAAGUGGCUUGGGCCGGAGUCUGGCAAACAUGUCAAAAGAAUUCGCUCUGUAUACGUUGAAAACCCAGACACAGCUCUUCAGAAGGCCUGGACACGUCUCCAGGAAUACUACGCUGCACCAGAAGUGAUGGAGAAGUCACUAUUUAAAAGACUUGAUGAGUUCCCUAAGAUAUCUAUCAAAGAUUAUGGAAAAUUAAGAGACUUGGGCGAUCUUCUCAUGGAAAUACAAGGAGCUAAGGAAGAAGGCUACCUGACAGGACUAACAUACCUGGACACUGCCAGAGGCAUAGGACCUAUAGUGGGAAAGCUUCCUUAUGGAAUACAAGAUAAAUGGACAACAGUCGGCUCAAAGUUCAAAGAAGAAAACAAUGGACUAUUUCCGCCAUUUGAACACUUCACAAGCUUCAUCUGUCAAGAAGCCCGUAGGAGAAAUGAUCCAAGUUUUCAUCUGCCAAACACAGUCGAAAGGCCAAAUCAGGCUCCCCCAAAGAACUAUGGCAGUAAAAUAUCUGUUCACAAAACCAAUAUCUCUACAGAGAAAGGAUUACCAACGAACCCACCUGCACAGAAAGCAGAUGGACUAGAGAAGAACUGCCCUAUUCACAACAAACCACACCCAGUAAAUAAAUGCAGAGCAUUUAAAGCAAAAAAUAUAGAGGAAAGGAAAGCUAUACGAAAACAGAGCGGAAUCUUGUGA